AUGUGGGUCUCCCCGGCCCUCGUGGGCCCCCAGGGUCUGACGGACCUCCUGGCCCACCUGGUCCUCAGGGGCCAUCUGGUGGCCCUGGAAACCCUGGGCAAACUGGACCUCCUGGACUUCCUGGAGAAAUUGGCUUUUCUGGCAAACCGGGAGAGUCUGGCAAACCUUUCUACUGUUAUAUCACCUCCCUUCCUCCUCUCAUCUCUCAAGGGUCUGCCGGGCAAAGAUGGUCUGGACGGUUUCCCUGGCAACGACGGUGCCAAGGGACCUAGAGGAGAGUCAGGCCUUGAUGGUGUUCCAGGGAAAUCAGGAACCAAGGGUGAUGAUGGACCUCCAGGCCCCCGUGGACCUCCUGGGGAGAGGGGAGUGGAAGGUGCUGCUGGUCCGCUAGGUCCGAUGGGCCCCAGAGGAGAGAAAGGAACAGGGGGUGACAGAGGAAAGGAUGGAGCAGUUGGACCAAAGGGUGAAAGAGGGUCAACGGGGGUCGCUGGACCUCGCGGGCCGCCCGGGCUGCCAGGAGAUGUUUCCAAUGUCAUCCCUCAACCUGGUGAGACGGGUCAGCCUGGAGUAAAUGGAGAAAAAGGAGAGCCAGGAAGUCCUGGAGAACCAGGUCAAAGGGGUCUUCCUGGUGAGCAGGGUUUCAGAGGACAGGCUGGGCUUCAGGGCACAAAAGGAGAUCAAGGACCUACAGGAGAGAAUGGGAGAGCAGGAGAUCCGGGCCCACCAGGAUUGCCAGGACCUCAGGGUCUGCGUGGACUUCCAGGCAACGUGGGAAUUCCUGGUAGCCUCGGGCCACCUGGUAUCUCUGGACCAAGAGGAGAGAAGGGAGAGAGCGGGAAAGAAGGACCAGCUGGUCCCAGUGGUCUUCCUGGACCACCAGGCUUGUCAGGAGAGAGUGGGCCACCGGGAAAAGGCAAGGAUGGACAGAGGGUAAGGACCUGA